GCCAUCGUACUCCAGCCUGGGUGACAGAGCAAGACUCUGUCUCAAAAAUAAAUAAAUAAACGGGUAAAAAAAAAAAAAUGGAAAUCUCCCUUUACUUAUUUAGAAAAUUCAAAGAUGUAUCCAUCACUUUCUACAUAUGUUUGGAUUCCUGUCCUUAAGUUAUCUCACAAUUCUACUUCCUAGUGUCCUGAAAUGUUCAAAUAGUAUAUUAAGUUCUUUUGAAAUAGCUAACUAAAGCGCCAUGGGAGUCUGUUGAAAACUCAGGUUUGUUCCUUGCUAAAAUUUGUAAGUCCUUCAUUAUGACUAUAAAGAAAAAACAUGGUCAUCACCCAGGCCAAGCACGAUGCCCCCCAAGAAGGGAGGUGAUGAAAUUAAACCACCCCCAAUCAUUGGAAGAUUUGGAACCUCACUGAAAAUUGGUAUUGCUGGAUUGCCAAAUGUUGGGAAAUCUACUUUCUUCAAUGUAUUAACCAAUAGUCAGGCUUCAGCAGAAAACUUCCCAUUCUGCACUAUUGAUCCUAAUGAGAGCAGAGUACUUGUGCCAGAUGAAAGGUUUGACUUUCUUUGCCAGUACCACAAACGAGCAAGCAAAAUUCCUGCCUUUCUAAACGUAGUGGAUAUUGCUGGCCUUGUGAAAGGAGUUCACAAUGGGCAGGGCCCGGGGAAUGCUUUUUUAUCUCAUAUUAGUGCCUGUGAUGGCAUCUUUCACCUAACACGUGCUUUUGAAGAUGAUGAUAACCAUGUUGAAGGAAGUGUAGAUCCUAUUCGAGAGAUAGAAAUAAUACAUGAAGAGCUUCAGCUUAAAGAUGAGGAAAUGAUUGGGCCCAUUACAGAUAAACUAAAAAAGGUGGUUGUGAGAGGAGGAGAUAAAAAACUAAAACCUGAAUAUGAUAUAAUGUGCAAAGUAAAAUCCUGGGUUAUAGAUCAAAAGAAACCUGUUUGCUUCUAUCAUGAUUGGAAUGACAAAGAGAUUGAAGUGUUGAAUAAACACUUAUUUUUGACUUCAAAACCAAUGGUCUACUUGGUUAAUCUUUCUGAAAAAGACUACAUUCGAAAGAAAAACAAAUGGUUGAUAAAAAUUAAAGAGUGGGUGGACAAGUAUGACCCAGGUGCCUUGGUCAUUCCUUUUAGUGGGGCCUUAGAACUCAAGUUGCAAGAAUUGAGUGCUGAGAAGAGACAGAAGUAUCUGGAAGCGAACAUGACACAAAGUGCUUUGCCAAAGAUCAUUAAGGCUGGGUUUGCAGCACUCCAGCUAGAAUACUUUUUCACUGCAGGCCCAGAUGAAGUGCGUGCAUGGACCAUCAGGAAAGGGACUAAUGCUCCUCAGGCUGCAGGAAAGAUCCACACAGAUUUUGAAAAUGGAUUCAUUAUGGCUGAAGUAAUGAAAUACGAAGAUUUUAAAGAGGAAGGUUCUGAAAAUGCAGUCAAGGCUGCUGGAAAGUACAGACAACAAGGCAGAAAUUAUAUUGUUGAAGACGGAGAUAUUAUCUUCUUCAAAUUUAACACACCUAAAGAAGAAAUAACUAAAUAACACAACUAAAGAAGAAAUAAAAUGUAGUUAUUGCUCAGAUAAACAUACAAUUUCCAAAAGACAUAUGGCUUUUUUAAAUUAAAAUUUCUGAAAACCGAUGGGACAAAUAAAGUUGGGGAGAUGGGAAUCUUCGACAAACAAACUAUUUUUAUUUGUUUUAACAUUAAAAUACUGUGUACCUCCAGUGAAAUGCAAGUUCACUAAAUGUGAACAGCUUUGCUUUUCACGUGAUUAAGACCCUACUCCAAAUAGUAGAAGCUUUUCAGGAGCCAUAUUACUCUCAUGAUACUUCAUUAAUCUCCAUCAUGUAUGCCAAGCCUGACACAUUUGACAGUGAGGACAAUGUGGCUUGCUCCUUUUUGAAUCUACAGAUAAUGCAUGUUUUACAGUACUCCAGAUGUCUACACUCAAUAAAACAUUUGACAAAAAAAAAAUAAAGAA